UCACAGCGCCCCUGGGCAAACUGUGCCAAUGCCUCACCACCCUCACAGUAAAGAACUUCUUCCCAAUAUCUAAUCUAAAACUGCCUUCAGUCAGUUUAAAGCCAUUUCCUGUGGAUCCGUCACUGUAUCAAAAAUCCUUCUCCCAGCUCUCUUUUAGGCCCCCUUUAGGCACUUGAAGGGUACUCUAAACAUUUUGCCAAAACUCAUUGAUUUUCGAAAGAUGCCAAUAAAGAGGUUUUUAUUUGUUUCAACCCCUUGAGAACAUCCUGUUAGUAUUUCUACCAUGCCUCUAUCUUAGAGUAAAUGAAAACCCGUAAGCCCUUUUAAGUGUCUCAUCAAGCAAGUUUUGGGGCCUUACGGGGUCCCAACCGCCUCCUUCUUGCACGUUAGAGCACCUGACUACAUGCUUAGAAAGAUACUCACCAGAACCUGUCAGUGAGGUAGCAAAUGUAGAGAACAGCUCUUCAGGAGAAAGGGGGGAGCUGAAGACACCUGAUGGAGUCCCUGCCUGUGUCACAGUCAUGGGUCAGACUGCCAUGAGAGCUCAAAAAAAAAAAAAAAAUAAAAGGAGGGAGAGUAAUUAAAAUCCCCUCAAUAUAGUCCUUCUCGUCCUGUGUCAAUGUUUUCCACAGGCUUAGGAGUCUGAUUCAGCAGCCUGUGCAAGAAGGACUGAUGAUCAGCAUGACACCACCAUGCUUACCCUAUUCUUUCUCUGUGGGACAUUUGAAAAGAGGAUUUAUCUAAUCUCUUCCUGCAACAAAAUAUUAAGAAUAUUUUCCUCCAGUCCACAGUGCCCUGCAUUCGGACUUUUCCUGAGGCUGUAAGAUGCCUCUGCUCAAAAAGGGGCACUGCUGGGGCAAGUGAAAGGCAGCCAUCACCUUCCUGCUUACCUGAAACAUAUGCACACACACACAGAGGGAGGUCCACCCCUCUCAGCCCUUCAGUGAGACAACACUUCAUCUCCCAGUCUCCUGAAUCUGUGAGCUGGUUAUUUCAGCUGCACCACAAAGUCUGGCAACCAAGCCCUUUCCCUGGUCUUUCAAGAUCCUCAGCAUGGGCCAGUGUGGAAGGGGCUAACAGCGGGCCUGUUAGCUAAAGGAGCGAGAAGAAGCUGAGAAGCAAGAAGAAGCUGAUAAGGAGCUCUCUCCAAGGCUGUAACCAAGGAGACCAAGAGAAGUGAGGAACAGAAGAAAGAUAAGAACUUCGCAGCUGGAUGAAGUAUUUUUAGAAAGUUAGUUAAGUCACUGUAACUUUUCACCACUGGUGUUAUGUUGAUUUAUUGUGUCCAAUAGUUAGGGUAGAAGAAGCAUAAACAAUCAGAGAGUGUAUAAAAGGUCAGCCAUGUUUGAUAAUAAACAGCUGCCAACUGAGACUGCUUGUGGUCUCUGCUUUGUGUCGCGACCGCCUCGACAGCGACAGGCCAGCACUGCCUAGAGAGGAUCUUCCAGAAACCAAGGACUUACACUUGGAUAAUAAGGAUAAUUCAACCAUAGAACUGAAAAGCUCUGCAAGCCACAGAGAGACAAAAUACCCCUCUGCCCCUGUUUUCUUCUUUCUAGAUAUCACCUAGAAGAAAACUGAUCCUCUGUAAUGCCGCCCUUUCCUGUUGUCAUAACACCUUUUAUAAAGGGAGGGUGUGAUGCUCUACCACCAAACCCAAAAUGUUUUCCCUACUGGUAUUGUUCUACACAGCCCCCUUGGGGAGGUACCCCUAAAACUUCCCCAUCUCCCUCACCCAAACUUCACAUCUCCAUAUCAGGGGAGGCACACUGGACCCAUCAUCUCUGUCAGGUGUCCACGCACAGCUGCACAAAUGCAAGCCAAGCGCCACAUCCCCAGGGCUCAUUGCCUGUUUCUUAGGUAUGAAGUUUCCUUAUGAUCCUUAAAGCACAUGACUGUAACUCUGCUCACCCCCACACCCCUUUCCAGUGCUGUGUCACAUGUAUCUGUCCACACUUCUGCCCAGUCCUCGAGGAUCGCAAAGCAAAAGUCCCUGUCUCAUGCAAGACUGGUGCUGCUGUCACCAAGCCACAGCUUUGUGGCUGGGCUUCGAGGUAUGUGGUCAUCAGCAGGAAACAAAGUCUGCAUCAGAGCUGUGAUGAUUCAGGGGGUUUUAGGGUGCUUUUUUUCUUCCCCACCAGCCAAUAAGAGCACUCACAGAAACACUUCUCUGGCAGGAAGCAGGGCAGUUACUCCUCUGGCAGUCAGGCUCCUCUUCUGGAGUGGUGGAGAUGGCAGUGAACUUCCCCUGCAGCUUCACUGCACUUUGCUGUUUGGCACUCUGGAGCUUCACCAGGACUUCAGGUACACAUGUUACACCACCCCACUCAACCAUAAAACCUGGCGUCCCUGUCCCAGUGAACACCAACAACCCCGAGGUCCGCAAGGCCGCUCGCUUUGGGGUCUACAGAUACAACAACAGCUCCAAUGACCUCUUUCUGUUUAAGGAAUCACAGAUAAAGAAAGCCAUGGUACAGAUAGUCAGAGGGCUGAAGUACAUGCUUCACGUGGAAAUCAAACGCACCGUGUGUGAGAAGAGGGAUCACCCCAGCCUGGACAGCUGUCACUUCCAGAGGGAAAAAAACCUGCAACGGACGCUGAGAUGCUAUUUUGAGGUCUGGAUAACACCUUGGACACACAGAGUGCAUAUCCCUGUUGCCCACUGUCACCAAGACCUUUCCCCAUGAGAGUCUGACUUACAGAGAAUCUCCUACCCUGAGUUUUCCUUUGCCUGGACUGCUGAGGUCAUUACUGAAAUGGGGAACAGCUGUACAGAACUGCCACAGAGCUUUUCUCUCAAAGCACAUGGUUGUUUUUUCCUUGAGAAAAACACUCAAAAGACAAGGCCUGCCUUGACUGAAUGUCUUGCUAUCCAGUUGUGUAUCUGUUUUUCCAAAACUAAACUGCACAUGAACAUGUGUUGUCAUUCAUUUGCCAUCCGUCCUCUGGUUGAAUUCCCAAGCACUCCCAGGAAGCUCUGUUGCACUUGCUUUGUGAUGAACUUUCACAAAGCCAUGAUGGAAACAAGUCUAAAUCACAGCACGUGUGAAUGCAACACCUAGCAAGGCUUGACAACAGUGGGGUGGUUUGCCUGGUUAUACACAUACACACAAGUUUUGAGAUUUUCCAGUGCCAGGGAAACGGUCAGACACGUGUCAGGAAGGCAAGAGGGAGAGCUGUUCCUUUUUUUUUUUUAAGAUAGAAGUAUGGAUAAGGAUUUCUUGAAACACAGACAUCCCAGAAAUUACACAGUCCGACGAGUGCUUCCACUUUAAUUAAAGCUAAGCCACACUGUGAAAGGGCAUCACUGCAAAUGCCAAGGCUAAUAAAUCUAAUCAUAUUCCCAAAGAAUAAUUCUGAGGUUAAACAGCAUAGUUCCAUUCAGGUUAAUGUACAACAUUUAAUCUCUGGCAGACCACAGCUUAUAUUCAGGCUCAGUACAAUGAUGGUCUUCUCUAGGUGGGCAUCUAACCACUCCUUCAAGUCUCCACUCCUCAUCCAUGGGCUAAUUAUUGCUUACAGUGGACUAAGAUUCCUAUUAGGAAGGAUUUGGCUAGCUGCUCCCUUAAAACAACCAUAAAGUCUGAGC